AUGACAGCCAAGAUAGACUUCAACUGCGACAUGGGCGAGAGCUUCGGUAUGUACAAGAUGGGCUUCGACGAGGAGGUCAUCAAGCACAUCACCUCCGCCAACAUCGCCUGCGGAUUUCACGCGGGAGACCCCAUGUGGAUGCGCCACACGGUCGAUCUCGCCCUGCGGCAUGGCGUGGCCAUAGGCGCGCACCCGAGCUUCCCCGACCUCAAUGGCUUCGGCCGCCGCAACAUGGUCGUAUCGGCCGACGAAGCCAAGAACGAUGUCACAUAUCAGGUCGGCGCCUUGCAGGCAUUCACCGCCGACAAAAAGCUCCAGCAUGUCAAGCCUCAUGGUGCGAUGUACAAUAUGGCUGUGAACGACGAAUCCCUCGCCCAGGCAAUCUGCGAGUCCAUUCUGGAGAUCGACCCCGAUAUGAUUCUCGUCGCCCUCGCCGGCUCCCGCUGGUUGGACAUCGCCGAAGACAUGGGAUUGAAAGUCGCCCGCGAGAUUUUCGCCGACCGCGCCUUGAACGCUGAUGGCACGCUCGUCUCCCGCUCUCAGCCCGGCUCGGUCAUCCACGACACGGCGGAAGUCGUCGAGCGCAGCCUGCGCAUGGUAACCGAAGGCAAGGCGACCGCCAUUACCGGCGAGCAGAUUGAUGUGCAAGCCGACAGCCUCUGCCUCCAUGGUGACACUCCCGGCGCGGUCGAAAUGGCAGCGUCGCUCAAGCGCGAACUCGAAGCCGCAGAUGUGGAAAUCCUUCCACUCGCCAGAAUACUCGGCUAA